AGUAGUCGCAUCAAACGCCAUCUAUAUCAUCACAACUGCGAGCAAUCACAAGCGACUCAACAGAACCGAAUCAUGCCGGCGAACAAGUCGGUGCUAGCUGCAUGUGACGGGCUUGGAUCCGCGUUUGGUGUCGCGUCCCCCGAAUUGCCUCGGCACAUGUCUUCCCCACACGCUUGACAUACCCCAACCGUCGCAACGCCCGUAACGCGCGCUGCUCCUCGGGGGUUCAAAUAUUCCUCACGCUCCCUGCGACUUCAUCUCAAAGUCUAACCCCAUAUUGACUCUUCAGUUAUCCCGUCGCUCCUUGUUUGUCUUCCAGAAUGCCGUUCAACACCGAGCUUACGAGGGCACUCGGUAUUAGAGUGCCCGUUGUUCAGGGUGGCAUGCAAUGGGUCGGAUAUGCAGAGCUCGCCAGCGCAGUUAGCAACGCAGGAGGUCUAGGAAUAUUGACCGCGCUCACACAACCGUCGCCCGAAGACCUCCGAAAAGAGAUCCGUCGCUGCCGCACGAUGACCAAGUACCCCUUUGGUGUCAAUCUAACCCUCCUCCCCGCCAUGGUCCCCCCAGAUUACGCCGCGUACGCGAGGGUCAUCAUCGAGGAGAAGAUCAACAUAGUGGAGACGGCUGGAAAUAGCCCUGGCCCUGUUAUCAGGCAGUUGAAGGCGGCUGGCACCAUCAUUCUACACAAGUGCACCACAAUCAGGCACGCGCAGUCCGCGGUGAAGCUCGGCGUCGACUUCCUCUCGAUCGAUGGCUUCGAAUGCGCUGGCCACGUUGGCGAGACCGAUAUCACCAACUUCAUCCUCUUGAGCAAGGCUCGACAGACCCUCGGCGUACCCUUCAUUGCCUCCGGAGGUUUUGCGGAUGGUCAGGGCCUAGCAGCCGCCCUCGCUCUUGGUGCAUGCGGUAUCAACAUGGGCACGCGCUUCAUGUGCACAGUAGAGGCACCCAUCCACCAUAACAUCAAGCAGGCUAUUGUUGAUGCACAAGAGACGGACACUACUCUUGUUCUGAGGCGGUGGAAGAAUACCUCGCGACUCUUUGCCAACAAGGUCGCACUUCAGGCUGUAGACAUUGAGAAGACUAGCUCAACGGGCAAGUUUGAGGAGGUUGCUGAGUAUGUUAGCGGAAAGCGGGGUCGACAGGUCUUCUUGAACGGUGAUAAGGACUUUGGUGUCUGGACUGCCGGCCAAGUCAUCGGACUUAUCCACGAUAUCCCUACCAACGAAGAGCUCCUAAAGCGCAUCGAGCGGGAAGCUUACGCUGCGAUGAAGCAGUCACAAUCCUACUUCAUUGAGGAGGGUCAGGAUGCAGUAGCUGCCGGCGCCACAAUAGAUAAGAAGUCGAAUAAUCCUGGUGCGGAGGUCUGGGGUAUUGGUAAGAGCAAGCUAUAGACAUAGACAUUUAGACAGAAUAUCAUUGGCUUAGAGGUCGGUUCUGCACCACACGGUCAGCAUCAAAUAUCAGUCUCCAAGUCGUCAAUUCUAUCGAAGCAACAAAGGUUCCCAGUCAUAGGCGAGCACGGUGCCAUGGUUCUCCUCGUUUAUCAUCUCAACCAACCAUGAUAAGCACUUUCGUAACACUGCAAAAGUAUAUUACUACUCGACGCUCUGCUCCCUC